CUGUAUGUCAAUUUAGGACUCAGAUUGCGUUUUUGUGCGUGGCUGUCAGCAGCUGCAAGCCUCGGCGGACGUCCACAGCCUCGGUCCUGGAAUUUCUACGCGUAUUUUUUGUCAGAUGAGACGCUCGGGACGCGCGUCUACCUGCGUACACUGAACCUUUGUCUUUGGAUAUUGCUUGCCACUUAAAACGCAUCCGCACACUUGUGCCUCGUGGUUUUAUGCGCUUUUGAAGUGAGCUGCUGCUGCGUAAUAACGAGCACACCCGAGGGGAAGAGUCGUCACAAAACUUUAAGGAAGACUUGGCAACUUUGGAGAUACAUCUACACCGCGGUGGAGUUCAUGUGGUUUAACAUCUGACAGAAACGGACCGUUUCUCUGGAAAACUUAACAGAAGGGGCUUCUUUUUUAGAAACAUGUUCAGCAAAUGCUCCGCGGUGUUACUGAACGUCCUCUUUCUGGUGCGGGCGCUCUCGGCUCAUGAGUGCACGCCGUGUAACCUCCGGACUUGUCCCCUCAAAUCCCCGCACGGCUGCGAGGGUGGCCGGACCUUGGCCAGGGACCCGUGCGGAUGCUGCGAUCAGUGCACCCGGCUGGAGUGGGAGCCCUGCGGCGGCCAGGACUGGACGCACGGCUAUUGCGCACUGGGGCUGACCUGCGCCUCUGUCAACAAAACCGGAGCUGCCACCGUCCCUGAGAUUGGAGUUUGUAAAGUACUUCCUGAUCAUCCAGACGCAGGUCUUGAGGAUGAGCACUGUCCCCUGAUGACGGGCUGCGACAGAGCAGGAGGUCAGUGUGUGUGCGACGCCCGUCACUCCUGCUUGGGAUCUUUUACCUACCCAGACCAAGAAACCUGCAUGAAGGCCAGCAAGUCAGAUGGUCGGAGGCACGAGCACCGGGACAGACACAGAGAGAAGUAUGUGGGACCGUCCAAUCCGGCGUGUAUGUUCUCCGGGUGUAAUCUGACCGCCGACGGCUGCGUGUGCGAGUCUCAGAGCUGCCACCACCACUUCGCCUACAUCAACCGCAGCCAGUGCCAGGAAGCCGCAGAGGAGCUGAGGUGUGCUGGGGUCACAUGUCCCGCCCUGCAGGUGCCCUCCUGCCCCAAGGGUUCAGUCCUGACCAAGAGUUACACGCCCCCUGCUGGCUGCUGCCCCUCCAUACCACCCCAGUGCACCUGCGACCUCCGAGCCUGCCACAAGCCCCAGUGCCCGAGCGGACAGCACCCGGUUCCGCUCAGUCAGGCCAGCGGUCAUCCAGGAGACUGCUGCGAUGUCUUUGAGUGCCAGAAAGUUUCUCCCAAGUGUGUCCACAAUGGAAAGGAUUUCUCUGAGGGAGAGGUGUACCGCAUGGACCCCUGCUGGCUGUGUCAGUGUCGGGGAGGAAUCUCCUUCUGCUCCAAGGCAGAGUGCGCCGAGCUGGACUGUGAAAACUUCUACAUUCCUGAGGGCGAGUGUUGCCCCGUCUGCAUAGAUGUGGAGCUGCUGUCGAUGGACAGCACUAAGGCCAGUUGCUGGGUGAACAAUAAGCUGCGAGCUCACGAGGAGCAGUGGAAAGAGGACGACUGCACGUUCUGCCAGUGUGUGGAUGGAGAACCUCACUGUACAGCCAUGGCCUGCAAACAGAGCUGCCAGAACCCUGUGAAGAUCCCUGGAGAGUGCUGUCCCUUCUGUGAAGAGCCUUCCUAUGAAACUGUUAGCCCCAUGCUAUGUCCUCCUCUGGAGAACUGCUCCCUGUCCGGGAACGACUGCCCCUUUGGCUUCCAUCAAGACAAAAAUGGAUGUCUCCUCUGCCAGUGUCUCAACAAUGACUCCUGCCCCGACCUGGGGAAAUACUGCUCCCUGCAAUGCCCAAUGGGAUAUGAGAGGGAUGAUUUUGGCUGUGAGGUGUGCGAGUGCAGUAUCCCCACGCCCAAGUGCCGACCUCUGACCUGCACUAAGACUUGCCCCUAUGGAUACGUGAGGAACAAGCACGGCUGUGAGAUGUGUCGCUGCGUCAAGUGUCCUCCCUUCACCUGCGACAAGCACUGCAGCAACGGCUACCGGCAGAACAGGAAGGGCUGCUCCAUCUGCAUGUGCAAAGACAGUGGCCACGUCCCAAGCACCACCGCGGCUGCCCCGAUGCCCAGCUACUGCCUCACCUCCAACGGGCACCGAUACGAGGAAGGCGACGGCUGGCACGACGGCUGCCGUGACUGUUACUGCCACUCGGGCCGAGAGAUGUGCGUGCUCAUAUCGUGCCCCGUUCCCAGCUGCUCUCACCCCGUCGUCAAGCCCGACCAGUGCUGUCCGACCUGCGAGGAUGAAUCAGGCAGCGGCCAGCCAGAGGGGAUGGACAUGGUGGUGUGCAGAGCCCCUGGGGGGGAGUUUUAUGUGGAGGGGGAGACCUGGAACCUGGACGAAUGCACACGUUGCACCUGCAGGAAGGGACGCGUCCUGUGCGACACUGAAGUGUGUCCCCCGGCUCUCUGCCAGACCCCAGUCAGGAACAAGGACACCUGUUGCCACGUAUGCCCAGACGAGACCCUCAGCCCCUUGCUGCCGGUGAACAACAGCCAACAGGAGUACUGCAUAACCAGCGAUGGGGACGUGCUGCUCGCCGGAGACUCCUGGAAGGCCAACGCCUGCACCAGCUGCACCUGCAACAACGGCACCAUUCAGUGUUUCUCCCAGCGCUGUCCUGCUGCCAACUGCAGGGUGCCCGUUUUGCGCAAGGGCCAGUGCUGCCCACACUGUCUCGACGUGACCACGUCGGUGCCCGUGAUGGUGUCCACAAACGCCCCCAAGACGACAGCCGCCACCACGGUGGACAGUACGCUGUGGAUCACUACUGUCACCGUGCCACCCAUCAUUGCUGAUACAGAUGAGCCGGGCUUGGGCGAGACUUACCCCAGUCAGACAGAGAUGGCCCUCAUCUACCAGUCAGCCGCCUGGAUCCUGGCAGGCCUCCUCCUCGCCAUCAUCAUCUUUCUCAUCGUGGCGCUGCUCGUCAACAAGAAAAAGAAGUGGGUGCAGAUGUCCUGCUACAGCGCACCAAAGAAGACAGUGAUCCUCAAGAAGCAUGUAAACAAGAAUUCAGUGGUGUACAUGGAGCCCUCCAAGGAGAACAAAUUUCAGAAUGUGAAGAGCGACUGCGGCAUCAUCCACUUCUCUCCGGAGAUGGGCUCCCCCUGCACGGACAAGAUGACCAUCCCCAGGGCCAAGCUGAGCAUGGGCAACGACUGGACGCCGCGCUAAAACAAAAGAACAAGAAAAAAGAAAAAAAAAACCACCACCACCCGUCUCACUCUGCAGAUCAGAGCUGUCCGGCACCUCCCACUCUCUCCUGCUGUAAUCCUGGUGGUUCGUGUAGCAGUGCACACACCUCGAGCGCCGCCUUCUUCCCACCCUUUUUCUUUGUGUGACAGUAAAACCGCGGAUGCUCUCCAAGAGACCAAGCAAGUGACCACUGUUUCUUUCAUUAUGUGUCCAUUUUUCUUCUGUAUUUUGGGUGGAGUGACGUGCUGGGAGGCGGAUGGACGGGGUGGACACAUAAAAGGACACAGCCACUCUGGGCUCUGCUUUAAAACAGAGAAGGAGGCCGCCAGAGAGGCUCCUCUGUCAGAAUCAGACUUUGACUGUGAACACUGUAAUAUUACUGCUUAUUAUUAUUGCCUCUUUUGAAACUGGAACUUUUGGGGCAAUAAGAGGAGCAUUAAAAAAAAAAGAAAGAAAAAAAAAAAAGCUUUAGGACAGGGGGUUGGGCUGUAGUUGAAAGGGGGGCGUUAGAGGAUGCUGCCCUCCCUAAGAGCAGCAGUGCUUCAUGGAUGUAAUCAUUGUCAUCAGCAGGGAGCCCAAAGGAACUGGUAAUCCCGUUGGAUCAAAUUGGGUUCUGCAGCCAAAUCACAACAAGUCAGCAGGCUUUAUAUCGACCCCCAGAUCCAAGCCCCUGCUUUAGAAUGUGUGGUUUCCAUCUUAGUUUUUUGUAUAUUUCUACAGUAUUUGUACUAGAUGUAGUGUUGUUCUUGGCCACCUCUUGUUUUUAUUAUGGGUGUCUCUGUGGGGCCAGAUUGAAACAUUUUGAAAUGCCAGUCUAAACAUUCCCCCCCAUCCGGUACAGGAAGGACACGCUUCCCAGAUAAUGGCGUUGCUUCUACCUUCAAGUGACCUGAGUCAUUCCAUUCAAAAAUCUCCCACAACAAACCGCAUUUCCUUCAAAUGAAAUAUGCGAGCCCACUCUCUAAACUUGUCCGCAGCGCAGCAGCCGCCGGUCGUCAUAUUUACACCGUUUCCCAAAGGAGUCGGCCAAGAAUUCAUCUCAGAAACAUCAGAGCGGAAGCGGAGCGAUGCCCUUCCAGGUAGAAUGUCAUUUGUAUUGUCGGCAGAGGAGACCAAAUGGUGCCAGACGCUUCAUCUGAACCUAUAAGGAAUGUCUUUGAUGCUAUGCCUCACUUCAUCGGAAUCAGAAUAACCUUAAUAAUCCCCAUAAUUUCAUUCACAGCUGUGUGUGUGGGGGGAGCUACUGUUCACACAUGCCAGUGGCGGUUAGUAACAAUUCUUUUUAAAGCCUUACUUCUAUAGCCUUAAUGCAUUUUCUUUGUCUUGUUUUUGUUUAUUAACUGUUUGCCCAUAUAAAAAAAAAAGCCCUGUAAUUUAUUCACCCAUUAUUAAGAUGAACAGAUUGUGUUGUGCAGUUAUGGUUCUCAUCAGCUCUUCAUAUACAAGAGAAUCAUGUCGACAUAUACGUUUAAGGGGAGCUAGUUAGCAUCUUGUACAUAAUGGUACACAUUACGACAUCAGCAGCGUGUUAAAGAGACGUAGCACUUUUCUUUGGAGCCAGUGUUUUAGAAAGCACCCUGCGGGAUUCUUGGAGGGAUAAAGGCCCUAAUCAGGGAUUUGAUAGGCAUAUUAAGCACACAGAGAUGUUAAACCACUCAAGUGAACACGCUGUUGCAGCUAGAGGCUCCGUACCAGUGCGAUCAGUACGGGGAAGGACAGAGUCUGAGAAGCGUUGCAAAACAACCUGGGGUUUCAAAAGAAAAGGUUGGAUCAGAGCUAUCAAUCCAUUGCCAAUAUCUUAAUACAAAGACGAUUUUGAUGCCAAAAUUGGUUGGAGACCAAUUCAUAUUGAAGUGUUUUCGUAACUCGGUAGAUUUGUAUCUGUUUGAAUCAUGACUAUGUGCUUUAAAAUGAAGAGGCGACUGUAAAAGCUUACGCAAUUCUUUGUUCUUCUAUGUGUUUAAAAAAAAAAGAAACAAAAAAAAGGUAGUUUAAAUAAGUAGGACAGAAGAGUACCUUAUUUAUUUUUUCACAUAGCUUUAUUUAUUAAUACUAAACUAUAGUUUGAGAUUUUUUUUUUUGAAAAUGAACUCCUAGUAGCCAAAGCUGCUGUACAUUGUAGACCAUUUACCAUUUCUAUCUGCUAUAUUCUAUACAACCUUAUUUAUUUCACUGUUGCAAAUCUUGUAAAUAUGUUUCCUAGAUGAUGAACUGUAACAUUUACACUUUUUUUGAAAAAUAAAUGUGUGAACCAAA